UUGGGGCUGGCCUUUGACCACCACCACGGGCACGGCGAGUGAGAGAGAAAAAAAGGCUAGCGGCGCUUUCGCGUGAAAUGCCGAGUGGAGGGUCUGUUUGAAUGGGUGCGGCAUUCACCACUAUUCCGAGUCCUCGUCUCCCAAGCCAUGUGUUUCGGCGAGUACAGAAACGCCGCCAGUAAACGAGCCACGACUUCCGGGCGCAUUGGCACCGCUUCGACACCUUUCGACCCUUCCGUUUCCGAGCCCGUCCGAAAAAAAAAUCUACGAGGUUUCGGUUGUUUGAUCCGGAAAGAUCGGGCCCUGCCGCGCCACUGUGACGUCUCCGUGCGCCAGGCCAAUGGGAUAUUUGCUGAAGAUUUGCGUGCGCAGUGGCGUUAAAGGUCAUGAACUCUAACCUUCCCGUGUCGCGGACACUUCGACGGCGGAGGAGCAACAAGCCGAGCUCGCGGGUUACCGCUACGCCGCCCGCCUAGCGUGACGACGGCGGCGACUCGCUUGGGGUCACACCGCCGGCGCAGCAGGCAAGGUCAGUCGAGUGGUCGCCGUGCCCUUUGCGCUUGGAGGAAAGUCGCAACCUGUGACGACCGGCCGGAGGGCCAGCGAGCUCCGCGCUAGCAGCUGCGAGCGUCGAUUUUGUGCACGCGCGCUGCUGCGGUGACCCGUAGUACGACUCCGGCUGUCAUCGCGCCUGCCAGCGCCGACGCUACGAGCAGCAGAUUCAGGCAAGCGGGGCAGCAUGGAGUGCUGAAAGCAGCACUUAAGGAGUCCAGCCAAUGGCGUCGGUGGACUCCCAAGACAGCGUAGAUGUUGUAGAUGUGAAAGAGGAGCAUCACAGCCCGACGUCACUGGCUGGGGGAUCAGACAAUGGGAGCAGCCCCGGAAGCCCCGAGUCUGGUGAAACCCAGGAAAACGGCGCAGCGCUUGGCGCGGAGUGGCUCGCACUGCGGCUGCACGAGCUGCAAGAGCCACGGCGUGGUGCCACGGCGGCUGUGUCCGUGCUGCCGGUGUCGAACGUCGUCGAACAGUGCGUGGUGUGUGGGGACCGUGCAUCAGGCCGCCACUACGGCGCUGUGAGCUGUGAGGGCUGCAAGGGCUUCUUCAAGCGCAGCAUCCGCAAACAGCUGGCGUACACGUGCCGCGGUAGCCGGGACUGUCAAGUGACCAAGCACCACCGGAACAGGUGCCAGUACUGCCGGCUGCACAAGUGCCUCUCCAUGGGCAUGCGCGCCGACUCCGUGCAGUCAGAGCGCAAGCCCAGUGCAGAUUCGGCCGGCCGAGGCGAGAAAGGUGCCAGCAUGCUGUUGACGUCCGUGGGUGGCCUCUCGAGCCACGCGCUGAACAUGGCUCACAGGCAGACGCUGCACGCAACUGGUCUCGCGCAUCACGAUCAGCAGAAUUCGAAAUUGAGUGGCAACAAGGAUGGCCCCAACGCGAUAGGCAGCAGUUGGGCAUCCUGGGAUGAAGAUGGUGAUGACCAAGCUGCUGACGAGGAGUCAUACUCAAGGUCCAGGCUCAGCCCAUCAUCUGGACCCCUGAUCUCAGAGGAGCAGGCUCUCUUCCACGUGACCCUUCCAACAACACCGUUAGGUGGGGCACUCAACGUGCAUUAUGUCUGCGAGAGUGCCUCCCGUAUCUUGUUUCGGUCGCUGCUCUGGACGCGGACCCUGCCGGCGUUUGAGGAGCUGCCGGCGUCGCUUCAGCUGACUCUGGUGGAAUCGGCGUGGAGCGAGAUUUUCACCCUGGGGCUGCUCCAGUGUGCAGAGCAGAUGCAACUCUCCACACUGCUGUCAACAGUGUUGUCCCACUUGAAUGCAAAGGGCGGCCCAGGCAGCGACAUCAUGGGCAGCGCUCAGCGUGCCCAGGUGUCCGAGCACGUGACUGCUCUACAGCGGCUCCUCUCAGCAACACAGAGGUUGCAACCUGAUGACCAGGAAUAUGCCUUGCUGAAAUCGUUGGUGCUUUUCUGCCCUGACCGACCAGCACUGGGGCCAGAGUGGUGCGCGCGCCUGGAGCGGCUGCAGGAGCGCACCUGCCGGGAGCUUGAGUUGCACUCGGGCGGCACUGGUGGCGCAUGGAGCGGGGGCCGUGCACACCGGCUGUUGUUGCAGCUGGCGCCCCUACGUGCCUUGCAACCCUCGCUGACCGAGGAUCUCUUCUUUGCGGGUCUCAUUGGCAGCGUGCGCAUUGGGAGUAUCUUGCCUUUCAUCUUGCGCAUGGACCCUCAGCAGCUCGAGCGAGGUAUGAAAUCUGAAGCAGUAAGCUGAGCGUCCUUUUCUUUGGAGGCGAAAGGUGCCUUUGGACUGUGGCCAGGAGUGCCUUUACUAAGAGAAGUUGUCACGGACUCGGUGAUAUACUCAAGUCAAGUGCAGAAUAUUAAAAAAAAUUAUAUAUGCCUGCACGGGCAACAUUUCCAAGAAACCGUAUUGAUUGUGGUGUUCAUACACAUUUUAUACUUGUGAAGCACCAGUGAAACAUCACUUGAGCUUUGGAACAUUCUUAUAUGCACGCGUUGCAUGUGUGAGCAGUGCCGGAAUGAUGAAUUGAACACACACCAUGUUCUAUAUGUAAAAAGAAAACAUUAAAAUCGUACAUAUAUUGUGUCA